GGUGCAGUGGCAGUCAGCCCCGCUCGGAGCCUGGUGUUGCAGCGGGGCUUGAAUUUGCACCUCUGAGGAGCGGGGGGAGGAGGAAGAGGCGGGCGAGGAGGGCGAGUACAGCAAGCGGCAGUUGCGGGGACCGUAGCUUCAGCCGCGGCUCCGAGGCAGAGCCCGCUACGCUUUCGGGGGAGCGUCUGGACACGGGAUGGAGUAAAGCCGCGAGUGCCUCUCCUGGGGGGGUAGGAAGGGGUCAGGCGGUGCCGAGGAGAGAGGGAGAGAGAGAGAGAGAAAGAAGAAGCCGCGGCUGGCGCCUGCGAAUUUGGGAUUGAUCGGGAGGGACCGCUUACUCGGGGGAAAUGGAUUCUGUACCAAGGCUGACCAGCGUUUUCACUUUGCUGUUCUCCGGCUUGUGGCAUUUAGGAUUAACAGCGACAAAUUACAACUGUGAUGACCCGUUAGCAUCCCUGCUCUCUCCAAUGGCUUUUUCCAGUUCCUCAGACCUCACGGGUGCUCACAGCCCAGCUCAGCUCAACCGAAGAGUUGGAACUGGCGGUUGGUCUCCAGCAGAUUCCAAUGCUCAACAGUGGCUCCAGAUGGACCUGGGAAACAGAGUAGAGAUUACAGCAGUGGCUACGCAGGGAAGAUACGGAAGCUCUGACUGGGUGACGAGUUACAGCCUGAUGUUCAGUGACACAGGACGCAACUGGAAACAGUACAAGCAAGAAGACAGCAUCUGGACCUUUGCAGGAAACAUGAAUGCUGACAGCGUGAUGCACCACAAGUUACUGCAUUCAGUGAGAGCCCGCUUCGUUCGCUUUGUGCCCCUAGAAUGGAAUCCAAGUGGAAAGAUUGGCAUGAGGGUGGAGGUCUAUGGAUGCUCCUAUAAAUCAGAUGUUGCUGACUUUGAUGGCCGAAGCUCCCUUCUGUAUAGGUUCAAUCAGAAGCUGAUGAGCACUCUCAAAGAUGUGAUCUCUCUGAAGUUCAAGAGCAUGCAAGGAGAUGGGGUUCUAUUCCAUGGAGAAGGUCAACGUGGAGACCACAUCACACUGGAGCUCCAGAAGGGGAGGCUCGCCCUGCACCUCAACUUGGAUGACAGCAAACCUCGGCUCAGCAGCAGCCCACCCUCGGCCACCCUGGGCAGUCUGCUGGAUGACCAGCACUGGCACUCGGUCCUCAUUGAGCGGGUCGGCAAGCAGGUGAACUUCUCUGUGGACAAGCACACACAGCACUUCCGCACCAAGGGCGAGGCAGAUGCCUUAGACAUCGACUAUGAGCUUAGUUUUGGAGGAAUUCCAGUACCAGGCAAACCUGGGACCUUUUUAAAGAAAAACUUCCAUGGAUGUAUUGAAAACCUUUAUUAUAAUGGAGUAAACAUAAUUGACCUGGCUAAAAGACGAAAGCAUCAGAUCUACACUGUGGGCAAUGUCACUUUUUCCUGCUCCGAACCACAAAUUGUUCCCAUCACAUUUGUCAACUCCAGCAGCAGUUAUUUGCUGCUGCCCGGCACCCCCCAAAUUGAUGGGCUCUCAGUGAGUUUCCAGUUUCGAACAUGGAACAAGGAUGGUCUGCUUCUGUCCACAGAGCUGUCUGAGGGCUCGGGGACCCUGCUGCUGAGCCUGGAGGGUGGAACCGUGAGACUCGUGAUUCAGAAAAUGACCGAACGCACAGCUGAAAUCCUCACAGGCAGCAGUUUGAAUGAUGGCUUGUGGCAUUCAGUUAGCAUCAACGCCAGAAGGGACCGCAUCACUCUCUCUCUGGAUAAUGAUGCAGCAUUCCCAGCCCAGGACACCACCCGCUUGCAGAUUUAUUCUGGAAAUAGCUACUACUUUGGAGGGUGCCCUGACAAUCUCACCGAUUCCCAAUGUUUAAAUCCCAUUAAGGCUUUCCAAGGCUGCAUGAGGCUCAUCUUUAUUGAUAACCAGCCCAAGGACCUCAUUUCAGUUCAGCAAGGUUCCCUGGGGAAUUUUAGUGAUUUACACAUUGAUCUGUGUAGCAUCAAAGACAGGUGUUUGCCAAACUACUGUGAACAUAGAGGAAGCUGCUCCCAGUCCUGGACUACCUUCUACUGUAACUGCAGUAACACGGGCUACACUGGUGCCACCUGCCAUAACUCCCUCUACGAGCAAUCCUGCGAGGUGUACAGGCACCAAGGGAACACAGCUGGUUUCUUCUACAUUGACUCUGAUGGCAGCGGGCCACUGGGACCCCUCCAAGUGUAUUGCAACAUCACAGAGGACAAGAUUUGGACAUCAGUUCAGCACAAUAACACAGAGCUGACCCGUGUGAAGGGUGCGGAUCCUGAGAAGCCCUAUACCAUGGCCUUAGAUUAUGGUGGCAGCAUGGAGCAGCUGGAAGCCAUGAUUGAUGGUUCAGAGCACUGUGAGCAGGAGGUAGCCUACCACUGCAGAAGGUCCCGCCUGCUCAACACGCCAGAUGGAACACCAUUUACCUGGUGGAUUGGGCGGUCCAAUGAAAGGCAUCCUUACUGGGGAGGUGCCCCGCCUGGGGUUCAGCAGUGUGAAUGUGGCCUGGAUGAGAGUUGCCUGGACAUUCAACACUUCUGCAAUUGUGAUGCUGACAAGGAUGAAUGGACAAAUGAUACUGGCUUUCUUUCCUUCAAAGACCACUUGCCUGUCACUCAGAUAGUUAUCACUGAUACCAACAGAUCAAACUCAGAAGCUGCUUGGAGAAUUGGUCCCUUGCGUUGCUAUGGAGACCGGUACUUCUGGAAUGCGGUAUCAUUUUAUACAGAAGCCUCUUACCUCCACUUUCCUACCUUCCAUGCGGAGUUCAGUGCUGAUAUUUCCUUCUUUUUUAAAACCACGGCUCUAUCGGGAGUUUUCCUAGAAAACCUUGGCAUGAAAGACUUCAUCCGACUUGAAAUUAGCUCUCCAUCUGAGAUCACUUUUGCCAUUGAUGUCGGGAAUGGCCCUGUAGAGCUCAUAGUUCACUCUCCUUCUCUUCUGAAUGACAACCAAUGGCAUUACGUCCGGGCUGAGAGGAACCUCAAGGAGACUUCACUCCAGGUGGACAGCCUCCCAAGGAUGACCAGGGAGACUUCGGAGGAAGGCCAUUUCCGAUUGCAGCUGAACAGCCAGUUGUUUGUAGGGGGAACAUCAUCAAGACAGAAAGGCUUUCUAGGAUGCAUACGCUCCCUACACUUGAAUGGGCAGAAAUUGGACCUGGAAGAGAGGGCAAAAGUCACAUCUGGAGUCCGGCCUGGAUGCCCAGGUCAUUGCAGCACUUAUGGUAGCAUCUGCCACAAUGGGGGCAAGUGUGUGGAGAAGUACAGUGGGUACUUCUGUGAUUGCACCAAUUCACCAUAUGAAGGACCCUUUUGCAAAAAAGAGGUUUCUGCUGUUUUUGAGGCUGGCACUUCAAUUACUUAUAUGUUUCAAGAACCCUACCCAGUGACCAAAAAUAUAAGCCUCUCAUCCUCAGCGAUUUAUGCAGAUGCAACUCCAUCCAAGGAAAAUAUUGCAUUUAGCUUUGUGACAGCCCAGGCGCCCAGCCUCUUGCUCUACAUCAAUUCUUCUUCUCAGGAUUACCUGGCUGUCCUGCUCUGCAAGAAUGGAAGCUUACAGGUUCACUAUCAGCUAAGCAAGGAAGAAACCCAGGUUUUCAAUAUUGAUGCAGAGAACUUUGCCAACAGAAGGAUGCACCACUUAAACAUUGACCGGGAGGGAAGAGAGCUUACCAUUCAGGUGGAUCAGCAACUGCGACUCAGUUACAACUUCUCCCCAGAAGUCGAAUUCAGGGCCAUACGGUCACUCACCUUGGGCAAAGUCAAAGAGCAUCUUGGAUUGGAUUCUGAAGUUGCCAAAGCCAACACCCUGGGUUUUGUUGGAUGCUUGUCUUCAGUCCAGUAUAACCAGGUUGCACCCCUGAAGGCAGCCCUACGUCAUGCCACCAUUGCACCUGUGACUGUCCAUGGGACCCUGACAGAAUCAAGCUGUGGCUCCAUAAUGGAUGUGGAUGUGAAUGCAGUGACCACAGUGCACUCUUCACCAGAUCCCUUUGGGAAGACGGAUGAGCGAGAACCACUCACUAAUGCCGUUCGAAGUGACUCGGCCGUCAUUGGAGGAGUAAUAGCGGUGGUGAUAUUCAUCAUCUUCUCUAUCAUCGGCAUCAUGACCCGGUUCCUUUACCAGCAUAAGCAGUCACACCGCACUAACCAGAUGAAGAAGGAAUACCCAGAAAAUUUGGACAGUUCCUUUAGAAAUGACAUUGACUUGCAAAACACAGUGAGCGAGUGUAAACGGGAAUAUUUCAUCUGAGAAACUGCAGGGUCACCUAAUAUUCUCUUUCGGGUUGUUAAAUUUUUCUCCUAUCUUUUAAUUUUGGUCAUUCUCCUUUUCCUAUCUGUUUGCCAAUUAUUUUUGGCACAUACCUGUAUCAACCACAGCAUCUAUCCCCUUGAUCCAGCCCGGAAGACCAGGCAGCUAUGGCCACUGCCUUCCUUUCUGACAAACUUAUUGUGGUGAUAAUGAUCACUUAAGAGACUGACUUUACUCCUCUAGACAAAGAAGAGACACAUGUGUGCACAUGUGCAUAUUUAGUUCUGUGUUUCCAGUUUCUAAGUAAGAUGCACUUUUUAGUUCCACAGCCAUUCUGUCUUGCAUUAAACCUCGGGCUUACUUUGAACCUGAGCUCUGUGAUUUAGGCGUAUGACACUCAUCCUUGACAUCCUCCUUCAUCUCAAGUUCAUUCCUACCAGGGAACUCAGGGUAAAGAAAGAAGAUGCUAAAGGCCUGGUUCGCUUCAGUGGCACUUUCAAAGGAAUAAGAGAAGUUUGUUUUGUGUUGAUUUUCCUUACCAUCGGAUGCCCAUUGCCCUAACUCAUCACCCUUUUUCACUUUGACUCUUAUCCCCUGAGUAUUUCAAAUAUACAAUCCCUGAUAGUAGUGAGCUAUUCCUUUGCUCCUUUCUUACCACUCUCUCCUGGGGCUGACACUUUAGAACAGCACACAAUAGCAUAAACCUAGGGGAAGCAUGGAAAAUAGUAGCUUGAAACUAGGAGGUAAAAAAGAAAGCUGCUAGGAAGUAGAUGUUCUAUAACUUCAAAAAUGCCUCUUCCAAAUUUUUAAGAAAUGUUAGCUAGGUUAUUCCUGGGAUUAUUAUACUGAGGUAUAUAUAUACUGCAGCACAAAGAAAUUCUAAUAAAAGUCUAAAAUAGUACCUAGUUCCAUGAAAGAGCUUAAACCAUCUUAACUGAGCUUUAAAAACAAACAAAAACAAAAUAAUAAUUUUUAAAAAACUGCAUGAAAGAAGAGAAAUACCAAGCAGGAUUCUUUCCUUCCAUCCAUUCACCAAAGAUCUUGUGAAUAAAGUGAAUGCAGAUUUCAUGUUUUAAGGCAGACACAAUGACCCUCCUCUGUCCAUGGAGCCAUUCUCUGUGACAUUCUGGGUACACUGAUUGAUGGGGCAUUGUGGUUUGUCUAGCGAACCCUCACUGCUUAGUUUCAGAGGAGACCAUAGGUUCUACAGUACAUCACAUUUUCAAGUCAUCUACACCCUAUGUAUAUAAUGGCCCCCACACACAUCUUUUUGUAGGCAUAGACUGCAAGAUAAGAUGAUAGUAAGUUUCAGGGUCUUUGCCCCUCUUGAUAACUAAGCUUCAAAGAAACACAGUCAUUCCUUCAAGAAGGCAUCUCGAACUUAUCCACGAGGUGGUGGUAAGAAUCCUGAUCAUUUUUUGCUAUGGCAAUAGGUCUAACUUUUUGCCUCUGGGCCAUCUUGGAGAAAAAGAGAAGGGGAAAAUAAUAUCAAUCCUCCAGAAUGCUGGGAAUGCCAAUAUAAUGAUCCACAGAUGUGGAAAGUACUUGCCGAUUCUCUUUACAAGACAGAUUCGGUUUGGGAAACAAUUAGCACAUCGCAGUUUGCCAGUCUUGACAGUUAGCAGACAUUCCAUCUUGUCCAUAGAGCAUCUAUCGCCUCUGAUUAUUUAACAUUUCCCUGUGUGGCCAGGCUCCCAAUGAGGAACUCAUUAGCUCCAUCUCAUUUCAAAUCCAUUUCAGGCUUUUCUUUCAGUGUCUGAGCACAUGGGUAAGGAUUCAGCUUGUAAUCAUAUUUCUCAACUUUAUGAUGUUGUUCUAAGUAUAUAUUCUCUUCUUAAAACUUUCUGUGGAUUCUUAAUCACUUCAUUAUAUCAUUUUUCUAGUAAAUUUAUUUAAAGUGAUUCCAACAUGGGCAUCUUUUUUUUUUCCCUUCCAGCUUUUUUAAUAAGAUGAAUGAUCCACUAAUAAGAGGAACUAUCUUUAAAUAUUGUUUUAUCCUGUCCUAUCCACCCCUAUUUCCAAUUUUCACUUUUGAAUUUUCUAUUUCCAUAAAAAGGCUGUAUAAAUCAGGCUUUUGCUUGGGUACAGAGUCCUUUGUCCCCUGAAAUAAAAAAAAUCACCAUGAAGUGCAGUGAUUUUAGCCUGAAGCAUCUCCAAUAAUGAAUUGGAAAGGCAAAGGAAGGUGUGAGUAAUAAAACUGGAACCCCUCAUUAUUCAAGCCUCUGAAAAGUGAGGACUAUAUUUUGCUGACAUAGUGCUGACAGAAGAAAUGGAGAACUAGCAAAGGCCGACUCAGAGUAUUUGCUUUCCCCAUCUACUUAUAUAUGCUCAUAGGUAGUUCUGUAGGGUGAAGACUCUGUGAAGCUCUAUCCUUGCCACAUCUGCACUGCAGAAUCCACCAGCUCGCCUCCCCGCGUAUGUAGACGAUGUAUACAUACACACAAUGACAUCACAGACCCAGAAACCGAUGCCAAGACAGUGCAAUCAGCACAUCACUCUUACAAGUAGAGUCUCAGGGCUAAAGCAGAAUUACAUUUACAGGGUUGGAUUAUUUCAUAACCCCAGAACACUAACUUUCAUUAGAUGUAUAUGGAAACAAGCAAGCUGCUCCCUCCAAAGCAAAACACAAUUUUCACUCAAUAAUAAGUGCUAACUCUGCCUGUCUUUCCUCAGUGGUACCAAAUCCAUGUAGUUUUGUGCAAUUGUUCAAUUGUGUGAGUGUUUGGAUCUUUGAGCGAUUAUAAUCUAAAACAAAUAGUCGUUGAAAACAUUCUAACCCCUCCUUAACCACUGGGUAAGAGUAGUCAAGGUUCCUGACAUGCUCUGCCAUCUGGACCACCAUAGUCCUCCACUGUAACCCUCAGUCAUUGGUAACUGCUGAUUACAAACAGAUUUUAUGGAGUGUGGUCACUUUACAGCAAAACCAAAAGCACUGUGCAAUUUCACAUUCUAAGGGGAAUAUUUUAUUGAUACAAUUCCCACCAAACAAGCCUUUCUUUUUAUGUGAACAACAGGACAUUUGCUUACCCUAAAAUAUAUUUAGCACCCACUGCAUCACUCAUUGUGCAUAUAGGUUCGACUGCCAUGGUCUCUAUGAGAAUUCAUCUAGAGAAUUAGACAUUUGUCACUUCUCUAGAUAUAUAUUUAUGGAUAGCUUAGCCUCUUCUAUUCACUCUCAACUUCAUAUGGGAGAUUUUAGUUUAUUUAUUCAUAUGGGACUGAUUUUUUUUUAAAGUUUCUAUGCCCUUUAGUAAUAACAGAGAAGAUACUAACCUGACUUCCACCCUCUAUUAGCCCCAUGCCCACCACAAGGUAGCAGGAGCAGGAUUGGAACAAAAGAAAUAGAUUGUUCCCUUUCUUAAUUCAUCAUGAAGUAUUUACUGAUGCUCAGUACACCAAGGGUUGCAAUAGACAUGGGCUAUACAAAUAUAAAUUAUACCUUGUUCUUGCCCUUGGAGGAGCUUAAAGUCUAUCAGGGCAGGUAUAUAUUAUUGUAAUAGGGGUACACAAAAAGUGUUAUAAAAUGUAGAGCAAAGGUCCUGCACAAUCAUUUUUGCAAAGCCUUAGCUAGAGACUUAAACAGAUAAAUUUAUGGAAAAUAUUCAUAACGUUUUCUUGUAUAUUCCACCUUCAAUAAACUGCUUUGUUUCUCUUCCUCAAAGCAAAUAUCUAUCUAUCCAGAUAUUAUUUUCUGUAGAGGGAGAUGGAUUAACUCUUUAGGAACAGCAAGAAAAGAUGAUCCUUGUCUGUAAAGUACCUUGGAAGAAGCCCAAUUCUCUCCAUUCUUUCUUCAUUUCAGGUUGGGGGAUUCUGAAAACCCUCCUUCCCAUCAGUCAGUCCUGACAGUGAUGGCUUGGGGACUCUCCAUGGGGUAGGGACAGCAAUCUCUACUUCCACUCCCUGCCUCCUCUUUGUUCUGUUCUUUCAAAGCCAUGUGUUUAUGACCUCUUGCAUCUCAUUUGCUCUUCCGAAUGUCCCUUAAGAUUUCUGCCAUCCUUCCACCCCUCCUAAAACCCUUCUUUGUCCCCACAAACCAUUUGACUCUAUUUAGAAUGAUCUCUGAAAACCAGAUGAAGUAUCUUCAAGUAAAUAACUGACUAAAAGUUGUUGUCCAUCUAAGUGAGGUCUCACCUCCGUGCCUUGGGUGAGUUUUGCCAGUCCUGAAAGUCACACCUGUAUCUUCUCUGCAGGAAGCUCAUUCACUUAGAGGAGCCACACUGGGAGGCUAAAAUAGAGUGUCUUCUCCAAGAUAUUCAAGGAAAUAGAAAUCAGGCUGUUGAAAUCUUUCUUAUAAAAAGCCUUGACAGUUUGUCCACGAACGCCCUGGCUUCCUUUGAAUUCCCCCAUAGCUGCAAUCCAUCAAAUCCACAUUGUAACACCAGCCUGCCAAGGGGAAUUUGAGACAGUGUGUAGCUCUGCUACUCAUUUUUUUUUUUAACCUAAAGGUUUUGACAUACUUAGGUUUCAUUUAUCCUACAGGUCACAAGUGGACGUAGUAAGUAAAGAGGUUUCCUUGUUCCUGCAGAUGUAAAAGUGGUUAAUGGAAGAAGGUGUAAGCAAACUCCAAACUUUCAGAAUACAUGGAGGAUAACUGAGUGCUAUUUCAUGUCUCUCAUGCAGUUUGAAAACGUUUUCUUUAAAAGACACAUAGUGUAAUUGAAUUUCUUUCACAUACUGUUCUCGGUUCUUUCUCAAUCUGUCCUCCCUUCCCCUCACCCAUUCCCUUACUUGGUGAACAUCUAGUUUGUAGAUUUGGGUGUCCCCAGUUUUCAUCUCUGCUCCCACAAAUCCUGAAUAGUUGAACCCCUUAAAGGGAAAAACAGUGUAAACAGACACACAAAGACUUUGUAAAAUAGGGCUGUCAGUCAAGCUUUCUCCAGGACAUCCUAUAUACACAUCUGUUUAGUAGGGAUAGACAAAUUUCCUUUUGACUUGGCAGUUAUUUGAAACCUUCAUAUAAGGUUUUAAUAUUGAACUCUUGCUAUGUUUGAGUGAUUUUUCUCUUAUUUUGCAUUAAGGUACUCUGAGGAAGAACAGAAAAGCACAUUUUUUUUUUAGUGAAAUAUUGUACUUUGUAAGCUAGUUGUCUGUCUUUUGUAAUGUUUAUAGACUACAAGUGGCUGAACAGACAUGAACGAGGAUGAAGGCAAAAGCUGGUGUUGGUGUUUUGACCACACCUGCCGAGAACAGGUUGAGGAGGAAGAGGGAAUCUGUGGCAACAAUCAGUGACUGCCUCAGGUGUGGAGGGUCAUUGCUCCCACCAUGGAUCAGUGGCAGCAGCUCUUCCCACUUUCUUGGCUCCUUAUUCAGGAGUCCCUUCAAUACAUUUGGAUCAUUGUCUUACACAUUAGGGAAAGAGGCAAUAUCAUGGGGUAUGCAUGAAGAAUUCAUUACCUACCUUUGCAUGACAUUUUAUUGACCCUUCCCAGCCCUACUCCAACCACAUCUUUUUCUUUUUCACUAUUUUUAUUUCAUCCAGAUUUUCUCAGGAUGCUUUAGUUGCUAUCACCACAGUGAUCUACCCUGCCCAGGUUGAAUACCCAGAAACAAUUUUAAGGAAAAGAAAAUGUCAAAAAACUCUUUAGAUCCACUAUCUCGAAUCAAAACUCCCAUGUGUGGAAGGCUUGAGGUCCUGAAAUCAGUCUAGUGGUCCUUCUUUCCCCUUCAUUGGUCCUGCCAUAGGCAUGACACAUUAUAAAAAGAUAUGAUACUCUCCAUCCCUAACAGUGAAUACUGUCAGGGACCCACCAUCUAACACUAUUUGGGAACACUGGCUUUCUCAAUCAUUCCCAGUGACACAGGGAAAAUUUUUCAAAAUACCAGGAUAAAAUUGGGAGAGCAGUACUAGACCAUGACCAAAGGCGAAUCUAAGUGUUUCAGUAAUUAAAUCCUGGUAUUUUCAUUUGCAUCAUGUUCUUGCAUGCCUCAGAUGCCAGCAGUAGCCUCAGAGGAUAUGAACAAGGUUCUGGGCAUGCAAGAGGAGCAUUGUAUUUCCCUGCAGACUCAUUGGAAGGCCCAUAAGUAGAAACUUUCAGUGAAACGUUAAGGGAUAAUAUUAACAGGCAUCUGCCUAGUCAUAUUUGUCCAUUAUAGUCAACCCCACCCUGAAGGUUUUACAUGAAAUAUUAACUAGUCUCUUCUUUUUGAAUGGCAGUGUCAACUUGUAUAACCUUGCCCUGCCUUAAAUACUCAUGCAAAAAAUAUCAAACCUUGCUUUAAAGCAGGAUAGUUAUAUAGUGUAAUAGGGACUUUCCAAUUAGUGAGGUCCAACACCAAGACUUUUCUCCUUCUGAAGCUGGUAGUUUACAGGCCUCCUGAUACCCUGUGCUGUCUUAGGCUGUCACUUCCCUCAGUCAACUGGAAGAGGCGAAAAGGGUGCAGGUUGUCAUUGGGAAUACAAGUGCAGGCUAAGGGCAAACCAAGAGUCUGCCUCCAGGAUUUAAUAGGUAAGGAGUCAGCAAACAUUUUCUGUUAAAAGCCUGGAUGUUCUAUACUUUAGUCUUUGCAAACCAGAUAGUCUUGGUUGCAAAUACUUACUUCUGCUCUUGUAGCAGGAAGUGGGCCAUACAUGGACAAAGAGGCAUGGCUGUGUUCCAAUAAAACUUUAUUUAAAAAAACAGGCAAUAGGUCAGAUUUGGCCCAUGGACUAUGACAGAGCAUUACCAUGCCCAUUUCAGUUGGAAGAUCAGUCUCUCUCUGGCAUGGAGUGGCCCUCUUUUUUGAGGAAUUAGAAGGAGUGGGCAGAUUAUUUUUAACAAAUAAACAAUAAAAUGCAAAAUAACCUCUCCCCCUGAAAACUAUGUGUCAGAAUUUUUGUUAUGGCAAAAGCACAAAACAGGUCACCCACUUUUGUAGAUGUGCUAGAGUCUAACUUUUCCUUUGGACCUUUUUUGUUCUUAAGACAGAAUCCCCAGUGAUGUUGCCUCAUUCCAAGUCAGUUUUGUAGACCACAUAACAUGUCUUAAUACACUGUAUGGGGAAAAAUAAAAGUUAGCCUUAGAUUUAUUUGUUUUCUAUGGUUACUGUUGUACAGAAGAAAGACUUAAACUGUAAAUAAUGUAUAUUUAAUAAAGAGAGAAUUUUGUAUGAUUUUGU